AUGCCGGCGAUAAUAUCAGAGCACGGCACCACCGCGGUGCUUCUGGGGGCCCGCGAAUGGCGCGAUACCGUCGGCGGGUCUGGUAUGACACCUACGGCGUUUAGUUUCUUGAUUCCGGUGUUUGUGGUUGCUAUUGCCGCGCCUUUUCUAUGUGUGUUUUGUAUAAGAAGGAGAAGGCAGGCUACACCGAUUCCGGCGCGACCGCCACCUAAGAUCAAGAAGCCGGCGUUACGACGGGCGGAGGCGAGGGAGAAGUUGCUCGAGGUCACUGAGGUGUCGUCGCGGAGUAGCAAUGAUGUGGGAGAAGAAGGAGGGAAGGUGAAUGUGGAGACGAAAUCGGUGUUGGAAAGGGAAUGUGCCAUAUGUCUGUCAACACUCCACGCCCCUGCACCACCAGAACCAGCAAAACUCUCCCCAGACACACCUAUCACCGACGCUGCCGCACUCCCAGCUUCAAUACCCGCUUCCGACGAUGCCGCGACUGCCACCGCCACCCCCGACGCAGAAAUCAUCCUUAAGCUCUCCAUCUGCGGCCACGAGUUCCACGCCGACUGCCUCGUCUCCUGGUUCGUAUUGCGCAAAACAAGCUGUCCGAUAUGUCGCUCAGUCUACAUGAGCAAAGAGGAACUGGACCAGCACGACGAAGAGGAACAAUUAGCGUUAAAUGCCGGUCUUCCGCCUGCCAUGUUGGAAGAGGGACGGGCUGGUCAACCGCAGGGCCCAUCAACGCGUAAUUGGCAUUACUUUUUGCGCGGGAGGAAUGCGGCGAGGAGGGAGGCGGUGCAGGCGCCGGAGCAACCUGCUGUUGAGAUGCAGAGUCAGACACCGAGAACAGCAGAAGGAGAGCAUGUCCCUGUGGAGGCCGCGAAUGGUACUGCUGUUGCACAGGCUGAGACGCCGGCCAGAUCUCGGUUACAGAGGCUUUUGAGGAGGGGGUGA